UAUUUGGAGUUUUUUUUUGGUUUUAGAAAAGGGUUUGUAGAUCGAAUGGCGGUUACAGAUGAAUCAUUGCAAUAUGAAGGGUCAGAUAAAGCACAACAAGAUAGAAAAAUGAGUUAUUAUCAGACAGUACAAAGUGUUUCUACAAGACAAGAUGAUAUAUCUCAAUCACGAUUAUUUAAUGGAUAUUCAUUGAGUAAUAAUAAUGAUAUAAAAGAAUUACCACUUCUUCGAUCAUAUUCUUCGCCAGUGAUAUGGGCGAAUAAUAUAGGAAAAACACAAAUAUCGGCAACGCAGUCGUCAACACAAGCAUCUACGCCGGUGCCGGUAUCGUCUCCAGAACAUAAUUUUUCGAGACGUUUUCCUUUUCAAUAUGCACAGACAAAUUCCCAACAAACGGCUUUACAUAAUGAUGCAACAUUUCCUGAUCGAUUAAAAGAUUCGAAUUAUACAUUUUCUCAGCAAACAAUACCAUUUGUAUCAUCAAAUACGAUUGGAUCAUCAAGUUUUCAAGGUUCAGUAGUAUCACCAUCGUAUUCUUAUUAUCAUUCAACGACUCAACCUAUGCAGUAUGAUAAUUAUGGAUAUGCUUUUUGGCGACCAAUAUCAGAAGGAAAAGAAAGAGUUAUUAAUAAAUGGUUAAAUAAUUCGGAUACAAACAAUUCAUCACAAAAUUCGAAUGUUUCUACUACAUUUAUGCCAUCAGGCGUUUCUACAGUUAAUACUUCGGAUAAUUUACAAGAAAAUUCUUUUCAGGAACAUACAAUAACUAAUUUGAAAAAUACUGCACGAACAGAAGAUGGCGUAGUUCCUUCUGCUAUUGUUGUUAAAAAUAUACCUUUUCAAAUAAAAAAGGAGCAGCUUCUUGAACUUUUUGAUACACUUGAUAUUCCUAAACCAUAUGCAUUCAAUUAUCAUUUUGAUAAUGGGAAUUUCAGAGGUCUUGCUUUUGCUAAUUUUUAUACACCAGAGGAGACAACACGUGUUCUCCUUUCGCUUAACGGACAUGAUAUUAUGGGCAGGAAACUUCGUGUUGAAUAUAAACGUAUUUUACCCAUAGCAGAUCGUGAAAAAGCGAAUCGUGAGAAAAAGGAAAAACGAAAUCAAUAUGAGGAACAGCAUAAUUCAUCCAAUCCUGGAUUUUUCAAAGGAAAAAGAAAGUCCAAAGAUAUUGAUCUUAAUGAUGAAACUACUUUAAAAAUUUACUCUCGUUUAUUGCUUUUCCGCAAUGAUCAGAGCCCUAAUGCUCCUAAUGACUUGAUUUUUCCUCUUGAUAUAAGUCCUCAACAACGUCGUAUUAUUCAUCAUAUUGCAGAAAAAUUGGGACUCAAAUGCACUUCUCAUGAUGAGAAUGAUGCUAAAUAUAUUGUAAUUAAUCGGUUAAAUUCAAAUAAUACAGAUAAUAUACCUAAGAAAUUUCGGAAUAAAGUUAAUUUUGGUAUUUCUGAUCAGUCAGUUAAUCCUAUUGCAUCUUUAUCAGGUAUUAAUUUAACAUCAAAUGGGUUACCUUUAACAAGUAAUCUUUAUGAAAAAUCAUAUAUGAAUUCUAGAAUCUGGUCAAUGAAUCCACUUAAUGAUAUUAAAAAUACGAAUACUCAGAUAUUGUCAAAAGCGAAUUUGCAAAAAGUACAGCCACUUAAUGCUUUUACUAAUACAUCAUUUGAUUUAGAAGUUUCUAAUCUACAAAAUGAUAUUAAUGUUAUGAUGCAAGACUUGAAUCUUAAUAUGACUAAUAAACAAUCUAAGAAUAGUGAAUGGGCGAGUAAAAAAGGGUUUAAGAAUGUGUCAUGAAAACAAACAUGAAUUAAAUUAGUUAUUUAAUACUAUUUAUUAAAAA